AUGGCGUACACCAGACGGCGAUCCGACAUGAUGGGUCCGGAAAUACAGCAAAUGGUGUACCCGUUUUCCGUCCAAAAAUUUGGGGAGAACACUGUAAUGAAGCGGACUGCAGCCAUAAAGAACCAUCUACGAACUCAGGUACUUUUCCUACAAGUCCUCGCAGUAAGGCGGACGACGAUGAUAAUGAUGUUUCUCUGUUUGGUUGAAAGUUGCGCUUCGUUCCGCUUCUGACUAACUUCUCACAUUCGUAAUCUGUUGCCGCUAAGUUAAAAUCGUCACUGUGCUAGUCCGGAACUUGUAGUUGAUAUCAUGAAUCUGUGGGAUCCAUAACUUAUACCGUAACAUUGUGACGUUGAAGUACAACUUUUUGUCGUUGUCUUCUUCAACAGGCACGCGAUUCAGAUCGAGUUUCCACAUACGAGCACGAUUAUUCGCGACGUGUCGAAGCAGGUGUUGGAUGGGAUUCAGCGCGGUCAGUCUCAUCCCGGACCGAAGCUGAAAAAGCUGAGGUAUGGUUUGAAUGAGAUAGAGAAGAUGGAAGUAGAAAGCACCACCGCUGGUAUGUCUAGUUUCAGGCUUACUCAUCUAUCAAAACCAGUGGUCCAGUCAUCAUUUUUCACAGUAUCACUAUUCUCUGCCGCUGUCUUAUCAUGUUUAAUUUACCUCCUACUCAGAGCAAGCUGCCUUCGGAUCAAGUGUUGAGUUCUAGAAAGAGUAACCCGGAACUUCGAAAUUCAGUUUCAAGAAAGAAGCGCGAGGAUUAUGAAGAAGGGAAAAAGCACUACCUCCAAAGCGGUGGGACUCGGACCCUAGGUGUGCUACAGAGGCUUCAGGAGGAAGGUACUAGCUGCUUGUAACUAUGCACGAGUUGUAGUUGUACUUAGAAUAAAUCUAUUGUUGAUUUUGACUCUCAGACCAAGAACUCUUGAUUUUGAAUCUCAGAUCAACUCGGAUGAAUAUUCUACUUUCGUCCCGUCGUCAUGACUUUCUCAUAGAUACAGACGAUGAUGUUCGUCGCAGAAGAAGUACCUGUGUAAUAAGUGGUAGAAGGAUCUGUUACGAUUAAGUCGCAAAACCAAAUAUCUCUCCGCUCAUUCAGGUCGAGGUCUGAAUGUAAAUCCAAGCGGAUGGGCUGGUACACAUUUUACGCCGGCGAAGUUUCCUAGUGAAUUUCGGGGUGGCACUGACCGGCAGAUUAAGCUGGUCCAGAGCAUCCACAACCUGAAUUUGCGAGCCCCAGACCUAUACCAUAGAAUUUCAUGAUAAGUGAGUAGUUGUUCGCUGCAUUCCGUUGUGAUUGACUAGGUACAACUUUUGUCUGGUGUAGUAUUUACUGUGCGCAGUACUGCUUUACUCUUGUUCUUCUGAAGCUAAGUUAGAGCUAAAGGUAAAAUCAUAUUCACAGUCACCAUGACAUGGUAAUUUAGAGCUUCAUGUCAAAUUCUUCUGACUCACAUACACAUGCUUUUGAUCGAGUUUUAUUCCCAGUAGACCCUCCUCUGUCCAUAACAUGCUGCGCAUCUGUCACUCAUUACAUCACAUACAUACAUCCCUUCUGUAAAAAUGCCAUGGCGGCAACGCUUGCACGUAGGUCUAGUGUGAACCACAACUCAGCAUACUUAAGCUUAACAUACGAGCAUGCUCUUUUGCUUUGCACAGAACUUCCCCGUCGACGCCAUACACGCCAUGUUGCAAGAACUAGUGACUCGUGGACACUGUCUGAUCCGAUGAUAUCCGAUGUUAUCUAGAUUCGAAUUCUUCAUGAUUCACGAAAGCUUAAGCUACGAGUAGUUUUAAGAAAGAUGCUCGUCGUCAAAAAUCAAUUUUUCUCUGAUGCCCCCUCGUCUCAAAACAGAUCCGCCCGGAAUUGCCUCCACCUUCAUUCUUGCCACUAAGUUCCUUGAUGCUACAAAGAACGGUGUUUGUCGACAACAAUAGCCCUCCCAUAAUUGAUUCCCAACCACAUGUGCUUGACCACACAAGGCUGAUCCAGG